CGGAAACCAGAAAUAUUGGCGGAAGUUUUGAAUGUUUACAAAUACUCCACCUGAAUACGUCGAUAAAAAGUGACCAAAACAAAUAAAACUAAAAGGUUGAGAAUGGCUAAAAAGGACACACCAAGGUCAAUGUUGCAAGCAUUCAUUGAAAAUGUUCCAACUACAGCUCCUGUAAAGAGGACAAGAGCUAGAACAAGAUCUCCAGAAGACAGACAUUUCAAUGAAACUGUUCCUAAUCAGAAAAAGAGAAGAAGAUCCUCUCUAGCUGUGAAACAAACACCAAGAUCAAUGAUUGAAUCUUAUAUGCAUGAUCACAAAACACAGACACCAUUUGUUCGUGUACUACGUAGACGGUCCAAAACUUUUACUCCAAUUAUACAGUCUGAUGUUCGGGAUGACGUUAUUACCCCAAGAACAGCAUUGGAAGGAUUUAUUAAUAAUGCACCAGAGGAGACACCUGUCCAGAGGGCAGUGAAUGAGAGUGAGCUGGAUAGUGAAUCAGAUAUCAUACUGCCUAAUGAAACCCUUCAUGUCACUCAUUCACCAAUACAUAAUGAAGAUACUGGCUCAAUGACUAUAUCACAGAAAGAAAGACAAAACCAACAUCAUAUCACUCUACAGCAAUUUACACAAGGGAUGCAUAACCUGACCGCUGCCAAUCAGACAAAAGAUAGGAUGUUUAGCAGUGAUUCAGAAGACACCCCUGAGAUUCCACCUGAUGUUACCCUUGAUGUACUGGUAGACUCAUUGAAUUCAGAAAGUGACAGAAGUCAUAUCAGGAUGCCUCAACAAGACAGCAGACGACAAAAUCUCAAUCAUAUAACGUUAGAACAGUUCUCACAAGGAUUGAAAGGAAAAAUAGGAAGUGGAUCUGAUGCUGGUGUUAUGGGUGAUGAUGAAACAGAAGAGGAACAUUCAGAUAUUCAAACAUUUAGAAGAGGUCAGAGGAUGUCUAGUAGAUUAUCCAUGGGGUCACUACAUACACAGGUCUUAGAAAGAUCCAUGAACAAUAGGUCUUAUUUUAGUCCAGGAAAGUCAACACCACAUGAAGAUUUGACACCAUCAAGAAGAACAUCAGUCAGGUCCCCAAUGGUUUCAUUGCCUGUUGAAUCAAACUUGUCCCCAUCAAAUAGAAAUAUAACUCCAGACAAGUCAAAAGAAGGUUCAUUGAUAAUAGAACAAAACUUUACUCCAUCAAAAAGUAUUCAAAAUGUUAACGUGACUACUGACUCAGAUUUGACUCCAUCAAAAAGACCUCUUAAUUUGAAGGAUUCAUUGUUGAAUCAAACAGAUCUUACAAGAUCACAAAGGACUGGUACUCUAAAUAGGUCAACAGCAUUUCAUGUUCCAUACGAAUCAGACUUUUCACCAUCCCGAAGAACACAGGUUGUCAGUGAAUUAGCCUCAACACCGUCAGGAAGAACUCGGAUUGACAGUAAUUUAGACUUAACACCCUCAAGGAGAACUCAGAUUAUCAGUGAAUCAGACUUAACACCAUCACAAAGAACUCAGAUUGACAAUAAUUCAGACUUAACACCCUCACGAAGAACUAAGAUUGUCAGUAGGUCGUCAGCAUUGCAUGAACAUGAAGACUUAACACCAUCAAGAAGGACUCAAUUCAAAAACAAUAUUUCAUCUCAUGUGGAGUCUGAUUUGACUCCAUCAAGGAGAACUGAGACCUUUAACAGAUCUACAACAUUUCAAUCUCCAAAAACAUCUGACCUGACUCUGUCAAGGAGGACUGAAAACCUACACAAAUCUCCAACACUUCAAUCUCCUGACAAGUCUGGCCUGACUCCAUCAAGGAGAAGUACUGCUCUUGAUACAUCUUCAUCUGUACACCCCUCAGCAUUUAAUGCCACUCUAUCAAGAACAACAAAUACACCUAGGGAGGCGGUAAAAACAAAUGAAUCAUCACAGAAUGAAUCGGGAGAAACUGAUGGAUCAUUACAAGGUGAAUUAGGAGAAACUGAAUCAAGUCUGUCACACACUGCAGAUAUACCUGUUUCAUAUGAUAAUGCUGACAAGUCUAGAUUGACUAAAUCUCGUAUGGACACUUCACAGAACAGACAAAUUGAAGAUCAUGGUCAGACACCAUCUUACAAAUCACCAGUAAAAGCAUUGAACGCAAUGAUGCCAUCUUCUGGUACUAUUCUGAAGAAGAACAACCAAAAAUCUCAAAAUAGGACUAAGGAUAUAUUGAUGUCUGUACAAAAUGAUGAACAGGAUAGUAAGACUGAGAAAACACCAAGAAGCCAGAUAAGGUCGCAGUCAAAGCUAAAGCCACCUAUGAGAACACCACUGAGUUCUAAUGUAACAAUACUUGAGAAUAUUAAGCCUUUAUCCAGUAGUACACCAGCCAGAAUUCUUAUAAAUAAACAUCUUGGUACACCAAGCAGGGUACCAGUUACCCCAUCAUCUGGUUCCACUCCAAAAAGAGUUCCUAUGACGGGCAAUUCAGUGAACAUGACUCCAGGAAGAAUACCGAUUAAAAAUUUGUCAAUGAAUAUUUCAAACAAUGCUAAAUCAUCUGGAACUCCAAACAGAUCAGUUAGAAAUAAAUCAAAUCUUGGAGAAAACAUGGCGAAUUCAUCACUGCCAAGUACAAACAGUUCACUUAGGAAGUUGUCACAUAAAUCAGUUAAUGUGUCACAACAGGCAGUAACUGAUGGGUUGGAGGUACGUGAAAGUGAAGAGGAAUCUGGUGAGGAGCUGGAUACUAUAGAGUUAUACAAACUAAAGACGCCCCACUUGAGAGGAGAUAUUUCACAGAUACCUACACCAAUAUACAGCAGUACACCUGCACCUGUUAGACCUGUCCAGAAACAAAUACCAAGACCAAUUCCUCAGAAGAAACAAGAUACAAAGAAAAGUAAAAAAACAGUGUCUUCAGUAUUACCAAACAAUACAAUAAAACAGGCCUUUCAGCAUUUCUGUAACAUGAAAGCUGCUCCUGACACUAUGGAUGAACUCAUUAAAUACACUGAUACAUAUUUUGAAAAUACCUUUAAAACUUUAGAGGCAUUUGCAUUGCAUGCUGGGAGAAAAACGAUUGAUGAAUCUGAUGUGGAACUCUUGAUGAGAAGACAAGGCUUUAUAACAGAGAAGCAGCCAUUGAAUGUAUUAGUGGAAAACAUUUUACCUUUGGAAUUGCGACAAGAAAUUAUUCCAAUGGCUAGAGCUAACAAUGUUGUUGAACCAUUAUAAACAAUACAUAUUUUAUUUAUAUAUCUACCAAGGACAUACAUGGAUAAUGAAGAAUAUAGAUCCUAAAGAUUAAAUCAAAUGAUUUGCUUUUGCUUAUCAAGGACAUACCUGGAGAAAAACCAAUGCAUGCUAUGGGUAGCUGAUCUAAAUGCAGUAGAGCUUAAGUAACAUUUGAUUGGACUGUCAUAUUACAUUUUAGAAUUGUUGUUUCCUGAAAACUUUCAAAAUUAUAAGAAGAAAUAAAUUUAUUAUUUAAAAGA